UCUCCUUUCAUUAUUCGUUGUUGCUAAAAAUUUGUUACAAUGGAAAUUAACUUCCAAAAACGGCAGCAAACAGAAGCAAAUUCAAAGAACAAACUAGCCAAAUUGAAGGGGAAAAGAAGAAGCAAAAGCCGUAACAACUUUGUAGGUGUAAGGCAAAGGCAUUCAGGAAAAUGGGUAGCUGAGAUUAAAGACACAACAAAGGAAAUAAGGAUGUGGCUUGGAACUUAUGAAACUGCUGAGGAAGCUGCUCAUGCUUACGAUCAAGCUGCUGUUCUUCUUCGCGGAUCAAACACUCGAACAAACUUUGUUACUCGUGUUUCUCAAGAUUCUCCUCUUGCUUCCAGAAUUAGAAAUCUUCUCAACAGCAAGAAAAUUGCAAAACAGAAAUGCCUGGAUUAUACUGUUCAAAGUAGUUUGAAAAUCAGCAGUAGUUCUAGUCUAAUAAUUAGCAAUUGUGAUGAUUCAAUUUCUAGUGAGAAUACACACACACAACUUUCAUUCGAUCAGGAAAUCAAAGAAGAAAGUCAACUGUUUCAUAACACAUACAUACCUGAUAUUGACAUGGGCACAUCUGCAUAUUCUUCUUUCUCAAGUUCUUAUUUUUCAUCUUUACAGCCUGAGUUAUCAUGGGGUUUUGGAGAAGGUUUUGAAUUUGCACAAGAAUUGUUGGAUAUUCCCAAGAAUGUGAUUUCAGCUGAGAUGGGGUUAACAGAAUAUGAGAUUAUGAAAGUGGAAAGGCAGAUAUCAGCAUCACUUUAUGCAGUAAAUGGUGUUCGAGAUUACAUGGAAAGUGUCCAUGAUCAUUAUGAGUCUCUUUGGGAUCAUCCCCUUUCAAAUUAUUAG